AUGCCACCAGUUCUGGAGAGUGAUAUGCAUAGCAGGGAAUAUCUUGUGGAACAUAAACGCAAGGGCGAGGCGUAUUUGAAGGAAACGGAUGCAAGGAUUGCGGAACGCAAGGCUGCAGAGCGGGAGCAUCUUAAAGGCAUACGAAGCUUAGCUCGUAGCCUUGUAUACCCUAGUGCCUCUAAUGCGCAACCGACGCAAAAUGCACGAGGUGCUGAUGAUCGCAGCGACUCGGAGUAUGAACCAGAUGCUGAAGAGGAGGCCCAUGGAGAGGAAGAGGAUUUGAUAGAUGAAGAGGAGUUCGAUGUUGCUAAGUCUAAAAUGAUGGCACCUGAAGGUUCUACCAUGCCAAAAACGAAAAAGCGUGGCAGAUCCAAAAAUAAUGCAGUGGCUACCUCAAGAAUAACAAGAUGUAGAGCUACCACAACAACUGAGUCAGUUGAAGCUACAAACCAUCAAGAACAGUCUGCACCAAAUCCAACAAACACAUCACCUCACCUAACUUCUAAGGAUAGCAACUCGCUUCAUGCUGAUUCAGGGGUACAAGAUGCGUUAGCAUGCUCCACUGGUCCAACUGAUCCACGGCCAUCAAGGAGAGGUCGUGGACGUAGACCAACCAUGGGGCAUGGGCUUCAGGAGUAUGCAAGCAGAAAUGGAGGGAAGAAAAUGCGUAUUGAUUUUACAGCAGGGAAACUUAACUUUGAGAUGGAAAAGGAUGACAAGGUUGGGAAUGAUGUAUGCACAAAAGUAAUCCAGAAGGGUGUUCGACAACAACACUAUAGGCUAAAGAAGAAAUACUUCAAUGGUUAUACUGCUCAGGAAGCAUUAUCAAAUAAGCCAGCAAACAUUACUCACGAGAAUUGGACCAGCCUUCUCAAUAAAUGGUCCGAUGAAAGAAACAAGCAAUUAUGUCAAAUGAAUAAGGAAAACCAAGAAGCUGUCAAGCAUCACCAAAAGACUGGAUCUAUGUCUUAUGUUGCCUAUUUCAGCAAACUUAAAAAAGACAAGUACAAUAAUCAGGAACCAAGUCCCAUUGAGUUUUUCAAAGAUACCCAUACAAACAGCAAGACUGGUAGCAUGAGCGAGCCAGCACUUCUAGCUCAUAAUGCGAUGGAAAAGAAAAGGAAAACACAAUCAGAAGGUGAGCAACCAGUAUCUGAUACAGCGAUUGUUGCUGAAGUUCUAAAGGAUGAAAGCGCCCAUAGCACCUUCCUUUCCAGCAUGGGGUAUGCAUCAAGAUCUGGGAGGUCUGGGAGCUCUACUUCAUCAGCCCAGAUCCGAAUUUUAGAAGAAAGAAUUGAACAGAAGGAUAGAGAGGCAAGAGAUGCAAAUGAUAGGUGA